GGUCUCGAUCUGCAGAUAGAAUGAGGUCAGUGUGAUUCAUAGUGAAGAAACAGUUUAGUCAACAAGCCGUACCUGUUCAGUGGAGCUGGACAGGACAACUAUAACAGACCAAUGGAUAUGGAUGCCUCACUGCAGAAUCCCGCAGGGGAAUGCACUGAGGAUGAGGAGCUGGCAUUCGCCAUCAUGGAGAGACGUUUCCGUCCCUCACUCAUCACCACGACAGCUUGGGAGGGGUACCGCUUUGCUGGCCUGGAGAUCCGCAUCACAGAGUCCACAGAUUGUUACGGAGCUGUGCUGUGGCCCUCAGCCCUGGUUCUCUGCCACUUCCUGGACACACACCGUGAAGAAUACGAUAUGAUGGACAAGAAUGUCAUUGAGCUUGGUGCUGGCACUGGAUUGGUCUCCAUUGUGACCAGCUUACUGGGAGCUAAAGUGACUUCUACUGACCUGCCUGAUGUUCUUGGGAACUUGGAGUACAAUGUGAGGUGUAACACAAGAGGGCGCUGCAGGCACCCAGCAAAUGUGACGGAGCUCUCUUGGGGACAGCAACUGGAGACGCGCUUUCCUCGCGCCUCUUGCCGUUUCGACUAUAUCCUGGCUGCGGAUGUGGUCUAUGCCCACCCCCACCUGGACGAGCUGAUGGACACCUUCGAGCACCUGUGUCAGAACCAGACCAUAAUUCUUUGGGCCAUGCGGUUUCGGCUUGACCCGGAGAACAGCUUUGUUGACCGCUUUCAGAAAAGGUUUUGUGUGGAGCUCUUGUACGACCUGCCAUCGCUGCGCAUCAAGCUGUACCGAGCUGUGAAGAAAAAAGCCGAGUCUAACGCAUGAGAAAGGAUAAGCAAGUCUAGGAGGGAAAAUGUACAGAGCAAUGAAAUACCCAGUGAUUCAGGCUAGGAACUUACAGCCUCUGCCUGAACUACAUCAGUGUGGCGGAAUGUGGACCGGCUUUAAAUAGCCUCCGAGGUCCACAGAAGACUAAACGAGAUACCCUUGAGUACGGUGGACGGUAUCAUUGCUGUGCUGCAGUCAGAUUAGCCUUAAAGCCCCUGUUUUCAUGCCAAAUCCUGGAUGCUCAGAAAAUCCAGCAUAAAAUCUUUACACCCAUUGAAGAUAUAAUUUAGCUUUUUUUUUGUAUUAUUUCUGUUUUUUAAGUUUCGUAUGUACUGUUUGGAUUUAAACAUCCCCCGAAACCGAAACACGUUUUCCUGUUAACGUUUUUAGUUUCUUUUCUGGUGUUAACUGUCUGGUGUUACAUGCUAUUCACCAGUUUCAUUCUGACACAGACACCAUAUAAGUGCAGGGGAGCCUCAAGCCGGGUUGGAAAGAAGCUAUGAAGCAGGUCUGAUUCCGACUCAGCUGCUUCAAUCUGACAGGCGGGGGGUGGGGGGUUCCAUGGCAUCCCCUGAUCCAUUAAAGCAGUAAUGUCUUGUCUAUUUAAAGUGUCAGACUCUCAGCACUGCAUUCCCCUUAGCUGGCAUCAUAUGGCCCGUACUAUCCCUGGAAGGACAACACUGUGCUUUGUUCAUAUGCUCAGUAUUCCAGUGAUGUAAAGGAUUCCUACAAUAUUAGAUAAAAUCACUGGCACUUGUUUUCAUUGUGACAUUGUAGUUUCAUUGUAGCUUCACAUCACUAUCCAGCAGUGAAAUGCUGUGUUAUUGAGAGGGUGUAUUGAAGAAUGUUCUGAAGGGAUGUUUUUGUCUUUCCAUAAUAGAAUUAAUAGAAGUUAAAGAUAUAAUUACACAUAUAAUUUUGUUGUGCAAGAUGAGUUAAUGCAUUUUCCACCUCUUUGCACACAUGACAUACAGUGCCGCCUGCUGCAAUUUAAGAAAAUGGAAGAAUUCUGGUACUUUUACAGAACUUGCAGAACAAUAACUUCUGAAGGUAUAUAAAUAAAGCUUAAGCAGUAAUUUUUAA